GGAGGAGGGGCGAGACGGCGAGGCAGUGAAGGAUGCGACGCUGCGGGCGAUGGCGGCAGCGUUCGGGGAGGGAAUGGUAGCGGUGCUGAGCGUGGAUGAAAGUUGGGUGGCGAUGACAGCGCCGGUGGCGUGGGCAUCGGAGGAGGCGGCGGCGUGGAAGGCUCGGCUGCCGCCGGAGCUGGGCCACUAUAUUGACAUGUGGAAUCCGUACAAUGGCAAUGGUGACAAAUGAAUAGAUGGGGAUUAUGCAGUGGUUCUCUAUGCAAGAAUGCAGAGUGAUUUCUGGUGGUGCAGCAUGGGUUUUCAGAGGAAGGUUCUUCUGCCCGAGAGAGCCACCAUCCAGGUGGACGACGCUGGAACUCUGCAGCCGCUGAAGAUGAAGCGGCCUCGUGAUGGUGAGGACGAAGGUGCUUCGGGGCCGCUGACGCCGACGGCGGACGGCGCAGGGACUGCGCCCCCGCGCUGCCCGCCGCCGCCGCCGAAGAAGCCGAGGCUCGUUCUGGGGUGCAGCCUGGACGGGUUCAAGGUUCUGAGCGUCAUGGACUUGCGUUGCUUCCUUCGUUGACGAGCCACCUUGUUUCUUUGUUUGUUUGUUUGUUUAGUUACAGAAGAGGGGGAUUUUAUUUUGGUGUUUUUGUGCUCUUCAACUGUUCUUUUUAACCGGAAUAAGCCUCUAAUCUAACUUUGCAUUGUGGACUGCUAUGCUGAAGCGGCCGCGACCUUAUUACAGUAAUUAUCACUGAAA